GGAAAUAACAAAAACUCAGCCGAGACCCAAUAUGAGGCUGGAAGGACAUCGGCGGACCUGAGUUCCUAUCGGCUGAUUUAUCUGCUUUAAGAACGGUUCUCAGAGUACAAAGCCAGACACAUGGCGGAGAGAUACGAAGGCUGCUUUGCCAUCAGGCACACGCCUCAUCCCAGAAGAGUUUGCCAUAUCAAAGGUUUGAACAACAUCCCAAUCUGCACUGUGAACGAUGAUGACAUAUUUCCCAGAAUGCUGUAUUGCUGCGACCAGUUUAGCCCUUCAGAGAGGAAUGAGACAUCAUUAAUGAAAUGCAGUAACCCACCCAGCACAGCAUCCCCAGAGAGCCCGAGUGUCCGAGGACAGUCACCAGUCCCAAACAAAGUGCUUGCAAGGUCUCACUCUGAGCCACGUAGAAAAUUCAGUCAGUGUUCCAAAACUUCCAGAGAGAAACCCUUGGUGAAAAAUAAGAACGAAUAUAAAGCUAAAAAGCCACCAGUAUCCCCAAGGGUACACUCUGCGGCCGCCUCCGAGUCCUCAGAUGUGAUGAGCACCAAGAUCAACGGGAAUGAAAACACUGUGCGCAUACCAAACUACCUGGAUCAGGAGAUAAAGAUCCUGGCAAAGCUCUGUGACAUUCUACAUACUGAUUCUCUGGCAGAGGUUCUGGACUGGCUGCUUCAAGCGAGUACCAAAGAAAAGGAAUGGGUAUCAGCUCUGGUUCAUUCUGAGCUAGCUGAGGUAAACCUGUUGACUCGCCAGAGAACAAACACCCCCACAGAACCAGCUGCAGAGCCCAGGAAGCCGCCCACUUCUGUAACACCCGCCACAACCAAACUGCUGCAAAACUCACGUCCAAAACUGAAAGCGCUGACUGGAUCUAGAGAACAUCAGCUACUCAGAAUCUCAAGUCAAGGAUCCGAAGGAAACAAGCCAGUAUCACAAGGGGCCGAGACCCCAUUGUUUAUAAGAAGAAAUGAGAAGAAAAUACCUGUUACAGAAUAUUUCAGCAGUCCAAAGCCUCCUUUCAGGUCCAACACUCAGGAGAGCAGAUCAGCAAAACCAGGGUCAGCAAGGAGUGUGCAAAGCUACAGCCCUCAGAGAACAUUCUAUCCCUAACACAUCAAAGGUAGAAGUGAACACGGGGUGGUUCUUUCACAAAGAUGGGCUUCACACU